GCAAGCAAACACAAUUAUUUCUCUCUCUCUCUCUCUCUAAACACUAUUUAUUAAUUUCUUCUCUCUUUGGUUCUCAAGCUUAAUUUCUCAUCUGGGUUUUUCUUUUCUUACCCAAAUCUUAUUAUACCUCCUUCUGGGGUACUUCAAUUUGGCUUUCCUUUCUCAAAUCUCAUCAAAGACUCCGACUUUUUUGGAUAUCUAAGGUGGGUUUUGUGAUUGCUGUUUGAUUUCAACAAUGGUGGAAGAGAAUAGGCAGAACGCAAGACCAGAAUCCUCUGUUGUAGUUGAAGGAAGGGAAAAUAAGCUGCCAAACUUUCUCUCGUCAGUCAGAUUGAAAUAUGUGAAAUUGGGUUACCAUUACUUGAUCUCCAAUGCUAUGUAUCUCCUGCUAUUACCACUCCUAUUGAUUUCUUCGGCUCAUCUUUCUACGUUCACUGUAGAGAAUUUUAUGCAGCUGUGGAGUCACCUGAAGUUCAAUUUUGUGUCUGCAACUCUGUGUUCUGGUCUUAUCGUUUUCUUGGCCACUCUGUACUUGACCAGCAGACCAAGAAAAGUCUACUUAGUAGAUUUCGCAUGUUACAAGCCUCCCACUGAACGCAUAUGCACAAGAGAGAUUUUCAUGGAGAGAUCAACACUUGCUGGGUCCUUCACAGAGGAGAAUUUGGCCUUCCAGAAGAAAAUUCUUGAGAGGUCUGGUUUGGGUCAAAAGACUUACUUGCCAGAAGCGGUGCUGCGGGUUCCGCCGAACCCGUGUAUGGCAGAGGCGAGAAAAGAAGCAGAGACUGUGAUGUUCAAUGCAAUUGAUGAACUCUUGUCAAAAACGGGGGUUAAGGCCAAGGAUAUUGGGAUUCUUGUUGUGAAUUGCAGUUUGUUCAAUCCGACUCCGUCUUUGUCUGCGAUGAUUGUGAAUCAUUACAAGCUUAGAGGGAACAUCUUGAGCUUUAACCUUGGUGGUAUGGGUUGCAGUGCUGGACUUAUUUCGAUUGAUCUUGCCAAACAACUCCUACAGGUGAAUCCCAACUCAUAUGCUCUAGUGGUAAGCAUGGAGAACAUAACCCUAAAUUGGUAUUUUGGGAAUGAAAGAUCUAUGCUUGUAUCAAACUGCCUCUUUAGAAUGGGUGGUGCAGCAAUCCUUCUCUCAAACAGAUCAUCUGACAGCAGGCGGUCCAAGUACCAACUCAUUCACACUGUCCGGACACACAAGGGUGCCGAUGAUAGAUGCUAUAAUUGUGUGUUCCAGCAAGAGGAUUCAAGCAAAGAAAUUGGUGUGGCUCUCUCAAAAGAUCUAAUGGCAGUAGCUGGUGAAGCACUUAAGACCAACAUCACAACACUAGGACCAUUAGUCCUUCCAAUGUCAGAGCAGCUGCUAUUCUUUGCAACUUUGGUUGCGAGAAAAGUGUUUAAGAUGAAAAUCAAACCAUACAUUCCGGAUUUCAAGCUCGCUUUCGAGCAUUUCUGCAUUCACGCAGGAGGCAGGGCAGUGUUGGAUGAGUUGGAGAAGAAUCUUGAGCUCUCAGAGUGGCAUAUGGAGCCAUCAAGAAUGACACUUAAUAGGUUUGGAAAUACUUCAAGUAGCUCAUUGUGGUAUGAAUUGGCUUAUUCUGAAGCUAAAGGGAGGAUCAGGAAGGGUGAUAGAACAUGGCAGAUUGCAUUUGGUUCAGGAUUCAAGUGUAACAGUGCAGUGUGGAAGGCUUUGAGGACAAUCAACCCUGCAAAAGAGAAGAAUCCAUGGGUUGAUGAGAUUCAUGAGUUCCCUGUUCAUGUGCCUAAAGUGGCAGCCAUUAAUGGUUCUAAUAAUGGAAGUCCCCAUUCAUUGUUUACUUGAUUUAUUUAUGUCAUUUGUUAAAAAAAAAAUGAUUGGUGUCUGUAAUCUCAUCAACCUAUGGAUUAUUAUCUAGCAGGAAGAAAACUACUAGGAAGAAUUUCACGUAAUAAAACAUUAAAUCUUUAUUUAUCAUAAU